GGUGAAAAAAAAGAAUCCAACUUUUUAAUUGAUUUCCUUAUGGGAGGUGUUUCAGCUGCCGUUGCUAAAACCGCCGCUGCUCCUAUUGAAAGAGUUAAAUUAUUAAUUCAAAAUCAAGAUGAAAUGAUCAAACAAGGUCGUUUAUCUCACAAAUACGGUGGUAUUAUUGACUGUUUCAAGAGAACUGCUGGUGAAGAAGGUAUUGUCUCUUUCUGGAGAGGUAACACUGCUAACGUUAUCAGAUAUUUCCCAACUCAAGCUUUGAAUUUUGCUUUCAAAGAUAAAAUCAAAUCUUUAUUUGCUUUCAAAAGAGAAGAAGGUUACUGGACUUGGUUUGCUGGUAACUUAGCUUCUGGUGGUGCUGCCGGUGCUUUGUCCUUAUUAUUUGUUUACUCUUUGGAUUAUGCUAGAACCAGAUUGGCCAAUGAUGCUAAAUCUGUUAAAAAAGCUGGUGGUGAAAGACAAUUUAACGGUUUGAUUGAUGUUUACAAGAAGACUAUUCAAUCUGAUGGUCUUGCUGGUUUAUACAGAGGUUUCGGUCCAUCUGUUGUCGGUAUUAUUGUUUACAGAGGUUUAUACUUUGGUUUAUACGAUUCCUUAAAACCAGUUGUUUUAACCGGUAACUUGGAUGGUAACUUCUUAGCCUCAUUCUUGCUCGGUUGGUGUGUUACCACUGGUGCUUCUACUGCCUCUUAUCCAUUAGAUACCGUCAGAAGAAGAAUGAUGAUGACAUCUGGUCAAGCUGUCAAAUAUGAUGGUACCUUUGACUGUUUUAAGAAGAUUGUUGCCGCUGAAGGUGUUCCAUCCUUAUUCAAGGGUUGUGGUGCUAACAUUUUAAGAGGUGUUGCCGGUGCUGCUGUCAUCUCCAUGUACGAUCAAUUACAAUUGUUAUUAUUCGGAAAGAAAUUCAAAUAAACUAAUUAAUCUAUAAAUGGCUUAAUCGAAAAGAAUAAUAUAAAUAGAAAAUAUUCAAAUGAAAUUUUAAAAAAAAUCGAAAAAUCAAAAUCUAAAAAAAUCAUAAACUGGAUUCUCCAUACUAAUAAUAUUUCAAACAACCUCUUUCUUUCAUGAUGAAAAAUAUUCUUCUAAUUUAUUUUGAUAUAAUUUUAUUUGUAAAUAGAUUGUUUUAAGGUUAUCAAUACUUUUGAAUCUUAAAUAAUGAAAAUAACAAAAACACUUAUUGGUUGCUUUGUUUUUAAAAUUUUAUUUCUCUAUUUUUUUUAUUUAUUUAUUUCUUCUAUUUAUAUAAUUUAUUUAGUUUAAAUUAUUAAUUAAUAUUCAUAUCUUCUAACUCACAACUGACACAA